AUACACCCCAGGUGCGCAAUACUCCUCAUCCUCUCUCCACAGUCCCCACCAGUCCUAUCUUUGAAUAGAUAAUCCUUACUCUUAAACUGCAACAGCAAAACUCAGAGGGGUUGAAACAACAAAAAUGGCAGCCAUGGCUGCUCUGCAGAGCUCAUUUACUUCGCUUUCUCUCUCCUCCAACUCUUUCUUAGGCCAACCCUUCUCUCCCCUUCUUUAUCCUUCUCUGGCCAAGUCAACAGAGAAGCCAUGUCCUAUUGUAAUGAGGCUUAAGCGAUGGGAGCGGAAGGAAUGCAAACCCAACAGCCUUCCGGUGCUACAUAAAAUGCAUGUUAAGGUGGGAGAUACAGUGAAAAUAAUAUCUGGUAGGGAAAAGGGUAGAACUGGGGAGAUCAGUAAGAUAUUUAGGCAUAACAGCACUGUGGUGGUGAAAGACAUAAACUUGAAGACAAAACAUGUGAAGGGCAGAGGAGAGGACGAGCCUGGACAGAUAAUCAAGAUUGAAGCGCCUAUCCACAGCUCAAAUGUGAUGCUCUACUCCAAAGAACAGAAUGUGGCUAGCCGGGUAGGUCAUAAAAUCCUAGAGAAUGGAAAACGCGUUCGCUACCUCAUAAAAACUGGGGAAAUAAUUGACAGUGCAGAGAAUUGGGAGAGAGUGGUCAAAGACAAAGAGAAGACUGAAGUAGCUGCUACUGCGGGUGCUGCUGCUGCUUCUUGAGAUCCCAGCUUACUACUCCAGCAUCAUCAAUUAAUGUGAAGCAUUCGAGUUACUGUUUGUUUGUUUGUUUUCAUCUCGUGGCUGAUGCAGGUUUGUUACAAACUUACAGAGACGAUCAGGUAUUUCAAAUGUUUGAUUUUGAUAUCUUAAGACUUGAGUAUGGAGUGAUUUCUUGGAAUAAGUCCAUUUUCAUUAUAAUUUAUAAGGACAUGCAAAGACAAAACUAUUGAAUA